AUGGCCAGAGUGUCUACCGGAAAAGGCGGGUGGACAGUGCUAUCGUCGGUUUCAAUCCGGGAAGAGUGUGUGCUAUCGGCGGUAAUGGUAGUUAAGGGUUAAUCCUUAACCCUAAUCCGCAAAGAAAUAUCUUUAAUGUUAUCAACUGUUUAUCAUUCGCACCACUAAAGUGUCUAUGCCGAGAUAAAGGUACCCACCUACACACUAAUGCCUGAACUGUGACACCGUCGUGAUAUCGCGAUAAAGUGUUCGCGUCAUUAUCAGUUUAAUCAAACAAGUGUUCUGUAAACGCGACGCGAGUGGGUGCGGGGCUCGCCGGGAACGCAGCCUAGCCGCGGUGCAAGUCCGGCUCGGAAUCGCCCUCAACGAUAUGAUACGAUGCGACGAUGGGGACAGGUACAACACAUUAUCACUGUUAAUAUUUUUCUAUUUAUCUCGCCGUUUUUGUGUAUUUUACUUUCCUUCUUUGCUCAGCAAUGUGAUAACGUUCUCGCGGACCGAGAUACCACAUUCUUAUCUAUAUAGCGGCCUCAAUUUCACGAAGAGCCGUCGCGAGAUUUCCCGGCCGUUAGUACUUUUUCGGUAAUCGUGGAGAAAGAGUGGGAACUCAAUAUAUUCCAUUCCGUGCAAACCACUUAACAACGCUGUGCCAGAAUUUCGGGAAAAUUUCAAAUUUCAGCUCCUGUGCGAGUAUCGAGAACCCUUCACUUUAUCCAUCAACCCGUGGUUUAUGUGUACGGCUUCUGAAUUUCGUUCAAAGCCUACCGCGCCGCAGUUCGCUCGGAAUCCUCUCGAAUCGGUUUGAAUCCUUGUGAUCCUUAUGUGAAUUAAGUUCGGUGAAGCAUAAAGAGAUAAAACGGGGUUAAUACGUUGGUGGCGCACUUUAAAUUGUUUCAGUUCAUUGAAUUUUCCGGGAGUCCAGAGUGAGCGUUGUUAUUCGUCCUGUGCCCAUCGAUUUGUUUUUGUGUGCACGUGCUACACACUGCCCCCGGCAGUAGCUCCUCCAGUGUAUUCCGCUACAGAUAUAAAAAGGAUAUCAGCAAAAGUGAAAGUGAAGCAAAAUUUCCAUCUCUACGGUGCUGCUACGAAGAUACUCAUCCCGCAUACGCACUGUCUCGUCGAGCCACAAGAUCCACGUGUGUGUCACCCACCUUGCGCCCGUAGCGGAGCCUAUGAUUUUCUGAACGCUACAAGUGCAAGUUUCCAUCUAUCCGCGUACCUCCGAUAUCCUGUUCCCAAUAAUUGGAUGAAAGCUCUGUCCUGGCAGUUUUUCCACCGACAAAGUGUUCAGCCAUCUAGAAAACUGUUUGUGCGAGCGGAAGCGUAUGUUUCUGAGGAAUAUAGAGAGUAUCUCGAGUAACUGCUACUGACGACUACGAAAUUGCUGACUUAAGAUACUAUGUUGAAAUCGCUGGAUUUGCUUGCCGAUAAAUUGACCGGAUCUGAGCAAAUAGCCACCAUCAGUUUAUUAGCAAGUCCAAAAGUUCACCCGUAUUCGAAGGAAGGAGCCAUUGCAACCGUCAACUCACCGCUACCAGGCACUAUUAUCAGAGGAGUACAAUCAAACAGGGAUAUGGCAAUGACAGCGCCAGACGACAACAUCGGGAAUAUCCUUGGAAGUGGUGUCAGUAACAAUAAUAACAAUAAUGGCAGCAUCAUCGGAAACAAUGGUGGUACGGUCGACGCUAUGUCAGCGCCAGUGAUAAAGGAUGAGGUGAUAAAGGUAGAGGCGGCUUCUGAAGCGGGUUCAAAUUUAUCGGCACCUCCCGCGAUUGUUAGCACCGUGGCAACUGUACCCACCGAUUGGGAUGACGAAAAAGUCAAAGAACAACCAGAUCCAGAUAAUAUUAAAAUGUUUGUCGGGCAGAUACCUAAGUCCAUGGAUGAAACACAAUUAAAGCAAAUGUUUGAAACAUUUGGACGCGUUCACGCGAUUAAUGUGUUACGAGAUAAGAUCACAGGGAUAAGCAAAGGGUGCUGUUUUGUGACGUUCUUUACUCGAAAAGCAGCUCUAAGAGCUCAAGACGCCUUGCAUAACAUAAAAACGUUAGAAGGGAUGCACCAUCCCAUCCAGAUGAAGCCGGCUGACAGCGAGAGUAGAAAUGAACGAAAGUUGUUCGUUGGUAUGCUGAACAAAAAAUACAACGAAAGUGAUGUGAGGCAACUUUUUGCUGGACAGGGGGUAAUCGAGGAGUGUACCGUGCUCAGGGAUCAAAAUGGCCAAAGCAAAGGAUGCGCUUUCGUCACGUUUGCAACAAAGCAGGCGGCCAUUGCAGCUAUCAAGGCACUUCAUCAGAGUCAGACAAUGGAAGGAUGCUCAGCACCACUUGUUGUUAAAUUUGCAGAUACACAAAAGGAGAAGGAGCAAAAGAAAUUUCAACAGAUGCAAGCGAAUAUAUGGGGUAUACCGACAAGUACAAAUGGCUUGAGUGCGGCGGCAACACCGACAGCAGCACCUCCUAUUGCCGUGGCGGCUGCAACACCCACCAUACCAGCCAUGCCACCAGCACCUACUCCAGUGGCGCAAACUGCUGCAACGAUAGCGGCAUCGCCUCAAAUGCUCGCUGCGAAUCCUCCGCAACAGGCAAGUCCUUAUUUGGCGGCCGAUGCAAUUUCACCAACAUCUCUUCAACUAUUCCAACAACUUCAGGCAGGUUGCUUGCAACAGCAGUUUUUACAAGACAGCCAUCCAAAUUAUAUCUCGAAAAAUCCAUCACAUCAAAUAUUUUUGUACAACAAUUAUAAAGGACUCAAUGGACCAGCGGAUCAUAUGACAGCGGCAGCAGGACUCUUAGCACCAAUACCAAUGCAAAACUUAGUUACUCUGGCAGCAAUGAAUCAUCCUCAUCAUAUACCAACGGCUCCUACCCAACCCAUAUCCGCACAAUUAACAAAUCCUGCACCGACUUUAUGGUCUGGCGCUGAGGCACUGACACCAGCUUACGCCGCCCCGCCGCAAGGGAUACCACCCCACCUGACGAACGGAGCGACUUUCGCUACGAGCUCACCGAUAACAGCACAGAGUCUAACCGCAGCCGCCGCCGGGGUGGCUGGCAAACAAAUCGAAGGUCCCGAAGGCAGUAAUUUAUUCAUCUACCAUUUACCUCAGGAAUUCACAGAUACGGAUCUGGCAUCAACAUUCCUGCCGUUCGGAAACGUCCUCUCCGCAAAAGUUUUCAUCGAUAAGCAGACCAAUUUGUCGAAAUGUUUCGGUUUUGUUUCCUACGAUAAUCCAAAUUCGGCUCAUGCUGCCAUUCAGGCCAUGCAUGGCUUUCAGAUUGGAACGAAAAGACUUAAAGUUCAAUUGAAGCGGUCCAAGGAUGCUGCGAAGCCAUACUAGAUGUACCUACCUUCUAGGCAAAGUGUUUACUACGUUACACACACCUAGACAUUAUUCACAUGUGUAAAGAUAAUCAUUUUGUUAGGGACGAGGAACAAGUUACGUAGAUGAAGAAAGGCAACGUUCUGUUCAGACGACUUUAAGUGAGGCACAACUUACUGUAGUUAGACCAAUUCUAGAGCUCAUAUCCAAAUAUAAAUGAAGAGAAAAGAUAAUAUUUUUAGGAUAUUUUUAUUGUAUGGACGGAAGUGCGUGGUGAACCUUUCGUUGAAUGGAGGAGAGUAUAAUAUAAAUAAAAUUACUUACGCGUAUAAUUACUUUAUUUAGAAACUACUACCCAAAGUGCGACAGUGGUAACUCGAAUAAGUGUCAAGUUCGCUGCAAAUAAGUUAUUGAAAAUAUUUAUUAUCUAACCCCGCUUCGAAAAGCUCACGAAAUUAUGAACUCACAAAAAAAGCAAUAAACAAAACAACAUUCUGCAGGUUUUUAUCUAACUCUCCAGUACUACCUUACCUUACCUCGUAUCAGAGGAAUAUUUCUUGUGAAAACAGACAAAGAAAUUGUUUACUUAGUUUUCAUAAAUUAGACUAAAUCUUAUCACUCAUAAAACUCCCUUCAAAUCCGGCAUCUUUUAGCAACUAAAGAUAUUCAUAAAGCUAUCGAGCGACUGCCGCACCAAAAGAGAAUAACGAAAGGGUUCAGUCAGUCAAUUACGAGUAGUUCAGAUAAUUUCAUAAAAUAUACAUAGGAAUAUAAUAUAUUUAAAUCUUCUCUUGAAAUGAAGCCAGUCCUUGUUAUAUUUUUUAAAAAUAUUCUUUAUAUGAAUUUGUUGUUAAAUUUUUAUGCGUAGAUUAGAACUUUCAUUUGAUUAUUCAUGUCAUUAGAGAGGACUGUGUCCUGCAUUUUCAACACUUUAAGUACAUAUGAAAUCGGUGGCUAUAUACAAUAUAGAUAACUAUGAUAGGAUCAAUUGUUAAGAACUUAUUUAUAUACACAGAAACAAAGCGUUUAAGAACCAGAACACAUUUCUUUGGAUUAGUUACCUCGCUCUUAAGCAGUACAACUGGUGGAGUCGUCAACUCCAUCCCUUUCACUGUUUUGCGAACCGAUGUUAGUGGUUGUUGUGAAGCGACGGUUUAUAGUUAAGUGAAUUCAUUUUAAAGAUUUUUUAAUAUAUAUUUUCGCCUUGUUUUGAUAAAUUUUAUUAUAUUUUAUUGAACAAAGUCAGAGAGUUACAAAUAUUACGUCCGUUACAAGAAUACUUGAGUCCAUAUCGAACGCCGACAAAAAUCAAUUAUAACGUUUUGAAAAUGUACAAUUUUUACUAAAAUUCAGAAUAUUGUCACUUAGAUUCGACAUGGAAGGUAUCAAUCAAAAAGAUUGAUUAAUCUAUUUUUGAGGUGAACUUUAAAAGGUAUUUUACGACGGAAUAAGUGUACUUAAAUCAUGAAGACAAAGAAUACAUUUUAACUACAACUUUAGCUCGAUGUUUCUAUUGUACAUUUAGAUAAAUUUAAACAUUUUAUUGGAAAUAAAGAGAAUUUUAUAAAAAUA